AUGGAGAAUUCUCAUAAAAUAAAAUUAUCUGAAAGACUAUCUUCAUUAGUUUGCCCUAGACAUUAUCAAUUGUAUUUAAAACCUAAUUUAGAAACGGGGCUAUUUCAUGGAGAAGUUAAAAUAGACAUAAAUGUUAAAGAAGAUAAACAGUUUUUAGCCCUUCACACAAAAUUUUUAGACAUCAACAAUGUGAAAUUAUGUAAAAAUGAUGUUGAAAUAUCUGUAUCAAAAUAUUUGGAAGUGAAAUCUUUGGAACAACUACUCAUUCAAUUUGAUAAAAUUACUUCAGGCAAUUACCAAUUAAAAAUAAAAUUUAGUGGUAAUCUAACUCGUAAUAUAGUUGGGUUUUAUUUAUCACACUUAAAAAAUAAAGGUGCGAUGGUAGCAAGUAAAUUCCAGCCGACUUAUGCUCGCCAAGCAUUUCCAUGUUUUGAUGAACCUGAAUUUAAAGCAACAUAUAAUAUCACCUUGGUCAAACCUUUGGAUUAUGUGGCACUCUCUAAUAUGAAUGAAGUCUCUAAAGUCAUAGAUACAUCCACUAAUACUGAAGCAGUAACAUUUGCUACAAGUGUGCCAAUGUCAACAUAUUUAGCUUGUUUUGUUAUUUGUAACUUUGAUUAUAAGGAGGUCAAAGUUAAUACAAAUGGAAUUGGGUCGAAUUUCAAUUUAAGGUCAUUUGCACAAAAAGAUCAAACACAUAAAAUUGAUUUCGCUCAAGACAUUGGAAAAAGAGUCACAGAGUAUUAUAUUCAAUAUUAUGAAGUUCCCUUUCCACUACCAAAGCUGGAUAUGAUUGCAAUUCCUGAUUAUGUGUCUGGUGCAACUGAACAUUGGGGUUUGAUCACAUAUAGAGAAACAUCAUUCCUUAUUGAUGAAGCCACAGCAUCUUCUAGAAAUAAAAUCAGUGUUGCGAACACAGUUGCUCAUGAAUUAGCACAUAUGUGGUUUGGUAAUUUGGUUACGAUGAAGUGGUGGGAUGAAGUUUGGCUAAAUGAAGGCUUUGCAUCAUACAUGCAGGUUAAAUCUUUGAAUGCAGUAGAACCUUCAUGGACAAUGUUGGACCAAUUUUUAACUAAAACUCUGCAUUCAGUGUUGGUUACCGAUGCUAAGCUUUCAAGUCACCCAAUAGUUCAAACUGUUGAGACACCUGACCAGAUAACUGCCAUUUUUGACUCUAUAUCAUAUAAUAAAGGUGCUUCAGUGCUCAGAAUGUUAGAAGGAUUUAUUGGUGAUGAGAACUUUCGUAAAGGAGUUUCAGACUACUUGAAGAAAUAUAAGUUUGGCAACACUGUCACUAAAGAUUUGCUGUCGUGUUUGGAACCAUAUUUCAAAAAAGACAACCCCAAUCUAAAUUUAUCUUACAUAAUGGACACAUGGACGAGACAGAUGGGUUAUCCACUACUAAGUGUACAGUCAGGGGAAAAAGCUAACACUUAUGUGAUCACUCAGAAAAGAUUCUUAAUUGAUCUAGAAGCAGCAGUGCAGCAACAAUCAGAAUUUAAGUACCGUUGGUUCGUCCCAGUGACUUAUAAAACAAACAAGGCCACAACAGAGUCCAUUUUAUGGUUCCCAGAUAGCAGUGACAGUGUAACAUUGUCUUUGGAAGAUGGAGAGAAAUGGAUAAAAAUAAAUAAUAACCAAGUUGGUUACUACAGAGUGAACUACCCAGAAGGAAUGUGGCAGGAACUAACAGAACAAUUGAAAAAUAAUACAGCACAGCUAACAAUAUCAGAUCGGUCUAAUCUAUUGGAUGACGCCUUCGCUCUGGCCGAAGCAAAAGUGAUUCCAUAUGAAAUUGCCCUAAAUUUGUCUACAUAUCUGAUAGUUGAAAACGACUUCGUGCCAUGGGAAACCGCCACAGUUAUAUUUGACAAGCUAUCACAUGACCUUCUUAAUACGAUGGCUUAUGAUUACUUACAGAAAUAUAUACAACAUUUAAUCAAACCUUUGUAUACAAAGCAAUCUUGGGAGAGGACAAGUCUGACAAUUAUUGAAAGUCUAUUACGCGCACGGAUGUUAUCAUUAGCUGCAAAAUAUCAGUUACCCGAUGCCGAAAAGAAAGUUAGGAAUAUAUUCCUAUCUUGGCUCAAUUCACCGGACAAAACUGAUAUAGAACCGGAUUUGCGAGAUGUCAUUUACUAUCAUGGUAUGAAAGCAGCCACACAAGAAGAAUGGAACAAGCUCUGGGAGAUAUAUUUAAAAGAGGAAGAUGUUCAAGAACAAUCAAAAAUUCGAAGUGCAUUGUCAGCGCCACGCGAUAUUGAAAUUCUUAAAAGGUAUCUCCUGUUGGCGUGGGAUGAAAACAACAUUAGAAGCCAAGAUUACUUAAAUGUUUUAAGCUUUAUCAGUUCUAACCCGUCCGGUACUGCACUAGUAUGGGACAAUGUACGCGAGAACUGGCCAAAACUUGUGGAACGAUUCACUUUGAAUAGCAGAUACUUGGGUAGUCUCAUACCGAGUAUAACAAGUUCUUUUAAUACAGAAAGCCUGUUAAAAGAGAUGCAAGUAUUCUUCGAGAAAUUCCCAGAAGCAGGCGCCGGAGAAUUGUCACGUGUUCGUGCUAUUGAAAAUGUACAAAAUAAUAUUAAAUGGGCCAACUCUUACCAAAAUGUUGUUUCGUCCUGGCUAGAACAGCAAAUGAAAAAAAUA